GUUCAGAAAGCGCUCAGUCACAGACCCGAGAAGAAAUCGGAAUAGAAUGGAGAAACGGUGGCUGUCCUUUUCACUCCUGUUCUUAGGAGUCUUUUCUCUGUAUUGCGCCUCCGCUGAUAACGGCGGUGUUAAAAAAUUGAAGAUGCAGUUUGCCACAGGACCACUUCUCAAAUUCCAGAUUUGCAUCUCCUGAGGGUACAAGCGGGUGUUUGAGGAGUACAUGCAGGUCCUGAACCAGCGGUACCCAGACAUCCGCAUCGAGGGGGAGAACUACCUGCCCCUCCCCAUCUAUCAGCACGUUGCGUCCUUCCUCUCGGUGUUCAAGCUGGCUUUGAUAGGGCUGAUCGUUCUGGGGAAGGACCCCUUCCACUUCCUCGGCAUGCAGACUCCCGGGCUGUGGGCCUGGGGCCAGGAGAACAAGAUCUAUGCUUGUAUGAUGGUGUUCUUCUUCAGUAACAUGCUUGAAAACCACUGCAUGUCGACGGGCGCCUUUGAAAUCACACUGAAUGACGUGCCAGUGUGGUCCAAGCUGGAGUCCGGCCACCUGCCCUCCAUGCAGCAGCUGGUCCAGAUCCUGGAGAACGAGAUGAAGAUGAACGUGCACAUGGACGCUCUUCCGAACCAGCGCUCCUAGCCCAGAUCCCCCGAUCCUGGCGGCCUGCGACCCCCUCAGCCCGUUCGAGGCGGGCGUGUCCACAGGCGGUGAGUCGAUGCUUAUGAAGGUCUGCACCGAAGGCAGGUUUUACUGCGGGUGCGGGCCGGAUGUCCUGAUCGGCCCUCGCUGAGCCUGAGGACGUGCCCUCCCCAAACGGGACGGGGGUCCACCCCUCUGGGAUGGCUUUUUUUUUUUUUUAAACUACUGCUGCCUGUUUGGUGCAAUAAUUCUGUAAAGAGUUUUUUUUUUUUUGUUUUUUUUUUUGCCCCCCCCCCCCCCCCCCCCGGCCCCAGUAAUCUCAGCUCUGCCAUUGCCCCACAUCCCCAUUGGUUGUGUUUUAUAUUUUUCAGUUAAGGAAGAUCUACAAAAAUAACACGAAUAACCCAAAUCAGCCAGAUCAUAAUUAUUUAAAUACUUUGAAUUUGUAUUUACUUUACAACUUGAUUUAGUUUGAUUUACUUCGCUAUUGUAAUGUUUCAUAUUUGUUUUUAUAGCCAAAUGUUUAACUGAGAGAGUAAAUAAAAUUGAUUAUGACUAACUGGAAA